UCAAAAGCAAGAUGGCCGCGGCCUCUGAGCACCGUGUUGUACUGGAAAUGUGAAAUCAAGACAGAAAAGUACUGGAGCUACUUUCAUAGUCAGAUGAGACAUGGCCACUCCAGGAAAGCAAGUUAAGAAGGAUCACAAAAAACAGAUUCCUACAAAGACCUCCUUCACUUCACCCUUCACCCCAACAUGGAGCCCUCUUCCGCAGAAAGACAUACAUUUCAUUCUGGAAACUUUGAAGGACAAAUUAAUCUCCACAGGUCUGGAGAAAAAGGAGUUGAAAGUGUUUCGUCCAUGGAGAAAAAAGAGAGAGCAGCAGCCUGCAUCUAAACCUGAAGCGGUCAGUCAGGACAAACAGGAGCAUGAAACCAUCAGAAAUGGCUGGACAGAUGUGGCAGCAAGACGACAGCUGGCCAUCGGCAUCAACGAAGUCACCAAAGCUCUGGAGAGGAAUGAGCUCAGACUGCUACUCGUGUGCAAGUCUGUCAGACCAAAAUAUAUGACAGAUCACCUGAUAGCUCUAAGUGCAACAAGAGGUGUGCCAGCCUGCCAGGUGCCUUGUCUGAGUCGGAGUGUUUCAGAGUCGCUGGGGUUGAAAAGUGUCCUCGCACUGGGAUUUAGACAGUGCUUUUCUACAGACAAGGAAAUAUUCAAGGACACCGUUGAUGCUAUUAAACCAAGAGUGCCGUCAGUAGAUCUUACAUGGCUGCAUGGGGCCGGACCCAGAAUAACACCUGAACGCCACACUGGUGUGGAAGAGGAAAAGGAAGCAGCUGGUCAGAUGAGAGGUCAGAAACGGAAACUGGAGGGUGAAUCUGAAGAUGUCACAGAAUCUCCAACGUCCUGCACUCUGGAGCCUCUCAAAGUGAAGAGGAUUGUUGCCAACCCUGCAAAGAAAAGAAAACUAAAAACGAAGAAAAAGCCUGUCAAAUAAAAAGGCACACUGCCUGGCUCAUUAAAGAAUCAUUCCCAUGCUUUUGUAUAUUUUAGACAAGCAGGUGCCAAUGUUUUCUUUUGUUCUUUUUGCCAUCUGAGUGUUUUCUGUAGAUACAUUGCCUCAUCAUAGCAUAGUCUUAGUGUGUACAUGAGUUACUUUUUCUUAGAUUGUUUUAUUUGAAUUCACAUUGGUCAUCUGGAAACUCCGGCCCCAAAGGCUGGCAGAUUAGGCUUUUAUUUUGGUAAAGGUUUAAAUGCAUGCAUGUUGGAGAUGAGUUUUAAACUAGUGCCAAAUCAUUUACUUCUUAACUUUUUUAAGGGAAAGCAAUGAUUUUUCAGUUUUUGUGAUUAAAUCAAGAAAAAUUCUGAUUGUGAAAACUGUUGUUGGUUGCAAAUCUGUUUAUUUUACCUUUGUGGAAACAUGGAAAACUAACACUGGAGGCUGCAUGAUGCUUAUUUGCUGAAUUUAUAACAUUAAUGUUCAUUUCUAUUAAGUUUAUUUAAUUGCAUUUUUAGUUUUUUUUUAGGCAAGUACAUCUCAGUUUACUUCACCAUCAGCCACUGGAAGCUGUUGGAUUAGAUCACAUUAAAUUGCAGAAGUGUUUUCUAAGUGGUGAGUGUACAUUAAACUAAUGUUCAGAUCAAGAGGAGUUAAAAUGAUUCCUCAUUAUUGAUCCACAAUUUAGACACUAAAUAUCUUCUAAUAUUGCAGAUAAUGUAGGUAAUUAUUAAUAUAAAUCUUUCCUACUAUUUUAAGCCAAAAAGACUUAUGCUGUUUGUUACAUCAGACACAUUUUAAAGAAAUCAGGCUUGACCCAUGUUCCUUUUUAAAGUGAGUUUAUUCAAUCAAAUAUCCAUGCUGGUAUAGCUGACGUGUUGAAACAGGUUAUUUGCAUGGGGCCAUGUCUAAAUGAUGCUGGUACAGGUUCUUUAGCUUUUCCACAGCUUACAAUGGUAUUGAAUAAAAAUAUUGUUCUUCA